AUGGGGAGAGAGAAGAGGUCUCAGCCGGGCCCGGCCACGGCGAAGGACCGCCACAAACGAGCUGGGAAACCUAGCAAGACCCUCGAUCGGAGCGUGCCCCUGCCGCCGGGACUCGUCGCCGCGAAGCCGGUCAACGCAGUCACGAACUCAAAGCACCAGUCUUAUUUCGAGUUCAUUGAGAACAAAGACAAGAAGAAGCCCCUGCUCUUCGAGAUCACGGCCAACCGUCAGCCACCGCCAGGGAUGAAGUACAUUCCAAUGGGCAAUCCGGAACUCACGGAGCGGUGCAAGGAGAUAUCAAGAGAAAUUGGCGCUCUUGUCUACAUAGUGACGUUCGCGAAGAAGGACGCGUCGGAACUGAGCCAACAGAUCCACCGAGUCGGUCAUCACAUUCGCGAAAACAUCGUGGAUCGUGCGAUGAGUGAACUGGGGCAGGAUGCCUUUUACGAACCGACCACAACAGGACCAGACCAAGUCGAGGAGAUCCCUCGCUCCCAAACGGAAAUCAACAGGCAAGCCGAUGCUGCGCUGCGCGAGCUUUUCCCUCGCAUUCCGCACACCGACAGACAGCAGAUCAUCGAUCAUGCGUUCAGAAAGGGCAAGCAGUUCAAAGGUGAACUGGUGGUGGGGUUGCAACAGGAGCUGUCGCUUUCGCGGCGCGUGCAGCUCGCCGUCCUCGCCCAUAUCCGGCACAACCACACGAGAUACGACGAGCUCCUCCGCGAGACAUCAUGGCACAAUGCCAGAAGAGCUACAGAGCAACUAUGUCUGGACAUCCUCGUCAAGUGGCGAGGCGAUGACGAGAACGGACGUAAUCAACUCGACGAAAUUCUUCGAGAGGUGGUCGUUCUAUCUGAUGAUUCUGAUGACGAGGAUUCUGGCGAGGAGCCUGAUUCCGACUCAUCAGCCGUGCUCACCGACAGGUCCAUGAAUGUCGCAAGAGUCCCGGUGCCAACCAUGCGUCAAGACCGUGCCAGCCGCAGCCGCAUGUCGACGGCAUUGCCGUCCCAUCCAGGAUCUCCCCAGGCAGUCGCUACGCCAGGAAAGAAACGGGUCAACAAGAAGCAUCGCAGACGUGCUGCGAAGCAUAAAGAGCGUAACUUCAGUAGGUACGAGGCUGUCGCAAAUGCUAGAUGGUCCGCAGCCAUGAAUCGGCAGAAAGCAGUGUCCAACGCGCAGCCGCAGGAGCCCGGUGUGGUGAACGGUUCCGUUAGUCACGGAACGUAUUCCCAGAGUCAGCCUGUUGUGUUCAUGGAUGGCAGAGCGCCAGUGAUUGACCUCGGCCCUGCGCACCCGCAAAGGCCAGCGUUCGGCUCCUUUGCCAGCAAUCCUUCUCGAGAGGCCAGGCCGCUCAUGGACCGUUCCUUUGCUGCGCCGCCGAUCGAUGCUCAAUAUUUUGCUUCUGGUUCUUCGUUGCACAAGGUAAAUGAAUCUGGGAGUACGCCUGGCCACAGCUCCGUUGGUCCUCAGGGACCAUCAAGCCGUCAGCUGCAGGAUUAUCUGAUUCCUUCGAUCGAGCCCAAGUCCCCUGAUGCUAGCAAGCCCCCAAUGCGCUAUCAACGCCCCUUGGUGGAAUACGCAGAUCUUGGAGAUGACCAGCCCUACCAGCGGAGAAGAUCACCACCCCGAGGCCCCACCCUACGAGAAGCAGACCGGCUGUCCCCUCGCCGGAGGAGUCUGGGCUACCCAGAAGGUGCUCGGUCGUUCCAUGACGGUCGUGAACAGCCGCGAGCUCCCCCUCCGGCUCGGGCCCCAUCUUACAUCGAGUUCGCACAGGAUGUUGCUCGACUGCCAGCUUACCAAGCUCCGCGCCAGGUCGAACCUUCACUGCGAAGAGAUGAGGCUGUACUGGGAGCGAGAGCCAAUCCCAUUAUGAUUGAGGAUCCGCAUGCUCGAACCCAGACUGUUGUUCUCGGUCCUGGAGAAAGUGUUAGGGACAGAUUUGGCCCAGACGUGGAGAUCCUGUCCGUCCGCCGCCCCCUGCGUGACGCCGGACCUGGCCUGGAACGUCGCGUUGCGCCCAUGGACGAAGGCUUCAUCCGCCUUAGAGAGGAUCAUCCCCAUUUGCCUCGGGAUGGCCUGAGGGAAGAAGGUUUCCUUCGGAUCAGAGAGCAUCCUGAUAUUGUCCCAUGUCGUUCCACCCCAGUGGCAAAUAGCAGACACUCUCUGGGCGAUCUAAGAUCCACCUUAGACUCAGACCGGUACCAACCACAUGCAGCACCUGGACAGGCUAUCUAUGUGAGGCGUGCCGAGAGGAUGCCUCCGGCUGAUAUGACAUACCCAGUUUCCGGCGGACGACGUUUUGAGGGUGCGAUGAACGAUAGACUCGCUCAGCGCCACAUACCUUCGCCUGUGUAUGAUGGAGCGUAA